CAUCUUUGUACAAUCAUCAUGUCGUUUGACAUUUGACAGCAAUAUUUCUUCCUCCUUUUCUUUCUUUUCUUUUUUAGCAGGCUUUCGAUAAUAAAAGCCAACAAUGGGUCGUGUAAUUCGUGCACAACGUAAAGGUGCUGGGUCCGUUUUCAAGGCCCAUGUUCAUCACCGCAAAGGAGCCGCCAAAUUGAGAUCUUUGGAUUAUGCCGAGCGUAAUGGUUAUAUUCGCGGAGUUGUAAAGGAAAUCAUCCACGACCCUGGUCGUGGCGCUCCUUUGGCCGUUAUCCACUUCCGUGACCCCUACCGCUACAAGAUUCGUAAGGAGCUUCUUAUUGCUCCCGAAGGUAUGCACACUGGACAAUUCGUUUACUGUGGUCGCAAAGCUACCCUUCAAAUUGGCAACGUAAUGCCAGUCUCCCAAAUGCCUGAAGGUACCAUCAUUUGCAAUUUGGAAGAAAAGACCGGCGAUCGUGGCCGUUUGGCUCGUACCUCUGGUAACUACGCUACCGUUAUUGCCCACAAUCCCGACACCAAGAAGACUCGUGUGAAGUUGCCCUCUGGUGCCAAGAAGGUCGUGCCCUCUGCCAACCGUGCUAUGGUUGGUAUUGUUGCUGGUGGCGGUCGUAUUGACAAACCCAUCUUGAAAGCUGGUCGUGCUUACCACAAAUACAAGGUUAAGCGUAACAGCUGGCCUAAGGUUCGUGGUGUUGCUAUGAAUCCCGUUGAACAUCCCCAUGGUGGUGGUAACCAUCAACAUAUUGGUAAGGCUUCCACUGUCAAGCGUGGUACCUCUGCUGGUCGCAAGGUCGGUCUCAUUGCUGCCCGUCGUACUGGUAGAAUUCGUGGUGGCAAGGGCGAUACCAAGGAUAAAUAGAUUGCUAAGUAAUUUUAUUGAUAUCAAUAGAUUUGAUAUAAUCGUCAUCAUUCAACAACUUUAUUUACUGGUGUGCAUUUCCAUAUUGUAUACGCCAUUGGCAAUAAACGUGAUGAAAUGUGAACCUUUUGUUUGAAAAGAAAUGCAACUCACUGGAUGGAAAAUAUAAAAUUUUUUUUAAACCUA